AUGGGCAUGCUAAUCUCGGGGGCAAGCUGGUGGCUGGUGAUGCCAGCCAAGGUCAUGAUGACGAUGCGGGGAUGUCUCGAGCAUCUUCGUUUUCUUUGCCAGCAGGUCGGGGAGUCGGUGUACACCCAUGAAGAUGAGAUCCUCGAGCUUGACUUUGGGGACACAGCAGCGGACCUAGAUGAUUACGAGUUUUCUCUUGAUCAAAGUGAGCUCCAGCGCCUAGAUGACAUCGCGGAUCAUGUCGAAAUUCUUCGCCUUAAGUCGAGGUUCGUGGCGAAAGAAUUCGCCUGGAUGGAAGAUCGAGAAGACCUCUUUGCACCGGCUUCAUCAUCGGUGGCAAAUCGCUUACUCCCAGCUUUGUAUGUGCGACUGAGAGAGACAGACAGAGAGAGUGAUUACGUGUUGUAUGUGAUGGACAUUGCAGACGCGUACCUCACCGUAGCGCAAGAAGUGGACACGAUUGUUCGGUUGAAGAUCGGCUCCGAAACCUUUGAGUUCAUGCUGGGGCGGGUGUUGCCGGGGCAGAGGGACGGAGCACAAAGGUGGUACAAGGACGUGACCACCUACCUCGGCGACAGGCUCCAGACCACUGCUUGUGCAACGCAUCCAUCGCUACUUCGCAUGGAACAUGACGGCAAGUUUUCAGGGAUGCAGAUGCACGUCGACGACUUCUUGGGGCUUUCGCCUCGAAGCUUCGUGCGUGCACAUGUCGAACCAGUUCUUCGUGAAAAGUACAAGUUGUCCCUUGAGAUCCUUGAGCCGGGCACCGAGGUGAGCUUCCUCAAGAGGCGGCACAUUUUGAGUUCAGAUGGGCAGCUCAGGCUUGCCCCUCAUCCCGCGCAUUUCUCAAAGCUUCGUGAUCUUCUCAACUUGCAUGCACGAGUAGCGGCCAUCUCCAAAGUGAAAUCGGAGGUCAACGUAGCGGACCUUGGAACGAAAAGCCUCAGUUGCUUUGUCAUGAAGAGGCUCAUGUACUUGGUCGGGGUUGUUACCAUUGACGGCACACCUGUGGGUUCGCAUGAGUAUGAGCAGUAUAUGUCGUCACAGGUGAUGCGCAUGGCAGUUUGUUCCAUUCGACACGACGGCUACAAGGCCGUGCCACCACAUGUUCUUCAUCGUGCAAUCACUUUGGCCAUCAUGCAGGUUACCGGCGCCUUGGGUCAACCUUCAUCUGAGGAUUGUGAUCUUCUACGUGGAGGCGGCUAUGGAUUCAUCGACGUCGCGAUCUUUAUCAUCACGUUCCUGGGGAGCUUCUUCGUCUUCUUUAUCUUCGCAUGGUGGACUUUG